AUGGCUGCGGACACUGGAGGCGGAUCGGCUUCGGCCGGCGGGUCUUCUUCUGCAGCAGAGAUCGAGAACUUGAUGGCGGAGCUUGGACUCCAUGAGGACGAUAUGGAUGAUGUGGUGGUGGAUGAAGCUGCGGUACCCAAGGACGCAGCAAGAUGGCUUGCAGUGGCGCGGGUUCACAUUGAUAAAGCCCAUAGCCAGGGCUGGUUCUUUAGGAACAUGAGAGCAGCCUGGAAUUUGGCGCAGCCUGUUAAUUUCAAGCCUCUUGAAGCUAAUCUGUACACCUUGCAGUUCCAUUGUCUUGGGGAUUGGGAAAGAGUUAUGCAGGAGGGUCCAUGGAAUUUCAGAGGGAAUGCAGUCAUCAUCACGCCGUAUGAUGGUGUUACUCAGCCUUCCAUGGUCAAGUUAGAUACGUUGGAUAUUUGGAUUCAGAUUCAUGAUGUCCCGAGUCUGUUUGCUCAUCUGGUGCCUGCUUUGGCUUCGAAAGUGGGUGAGGUCCUGUUUACUGAACCGGCUUCAUAUGACUUCACGGGCAACUUUUACCGUGUUUGGGUCAAGAUUAAUGUUAACAAGCCAUUGAAGAACGCAGUGUCUCUUGUCAGGGAGGGGAAGAGACAAAUCUACAGGGUGAAAUACGAGAGAUUGCCGGAUUGGUGCACAGUUUGUGGACACUUGGGACACGUGUUUAAAGAACAUGGAGAUGGGAUCCAUCCACCAUCAGCGCUAGUUUUUAAGGACUUGAGAGCAUCAUGGAUUAUGCGUCCUCCUAGUCAGAACUCUGGAGGUAGCCGAGGGCGCCGGGGAGGCAGAAGUGGAGGCUGA